AUGGUCCUCCAAGACCUUGGUCGGCGCAUCAACGCCGCUGUGUCAGACUUGACCAGGGCGCCCAAUUUGGAUGAGAAGGACUUCGAUCGCAUGGUCAAAGAGAUCUGCAAUGCCCUCGUUGAAGCCGAUGUGAACAUCAAGCUAGUCGCCGGCCUGCGCGCCUCCAUACGGAAAGCCGUCAACUUCAAGGACAUCGCGCCCGGCGUGAACAAGAAACGCCUAAUCCAGAAAGCCGUCUUCGACGAGCUCGUCAAGCUCGUCGACCCGCACUCCGAGGGCUUCAAGCCGCGCAAGGGCAAGUCCAACGUCGUCAUGUUCGUCGGUCUCCAGGGUUCCGGUAAGACGACGUCGUGUACGAAGCUCGCCCGCUGGUACUCCGCCCGCGGCUUCAAGUCAUGCCUGGUCUGCGCCGAUACCUUCCGUGCCGGUGCUUUCGACCAGCUGAAGCAGAAUGCGACCAAGGCGAAGAUCCCCUACUACGGAAGCUUGACCCAGACGGACCCGGUGGUUGUGGCAAGGGAAGGUGUGGAGAAGUUUAAGAAAGAGCGUUUCGAGAUCAUCAUCGUGGACACCAGUGGAAGGCACAGGCAAGAGCAGGACUUGUUCGAUGAGAUGAUCCAGAUCCAGCGCGCAGUAGAGCCCCACCAGACCAUCAUGGUUCUCGACUCGUCCAUCGGUCAGGCGGCGGAAUCACAGGCUCGCGCAUUCAAGGAAACGGCUGAUUUCGGUGCCAUCAUCUUGACCAAGACCGACGGUGCUGCUGCAGGCGGUGGCGCCAUCUCCGCGACCGCAGCAACACACUGCCCCAUUGCCUUCUUGGGUACGGGUGAGCACAUGCUGGAUUUCGAAAAGUUCGACCCACAGCGCUUCGUCAGCAAGCUGCUUGGCAUGGGUGAUGUCCAGGGCUUGGUUGAGCACGUUCAAUCCCUCAAGCUGGACCAGAAGGAAACGAUGAAGCACAUUCAGGAGGGCAUCUUCACCAUCCGCGAUCUGCGAGAUCAGCUCCAGAACAUCAUGAAGAUGGGUCCGCUCUCGAAGAUGGCAGGCAUGAUCCCCGGCCUCUCGGGCGUCAUGGGCGGCAUGGACGACGAAGAGGGUUCGCUCAAGCUCAAGCGCAUGAUCUACAUCUGCGACUCGAUGACCACCAAGGAGCUCGACUCGGACGGCAAAUGCUUCACGGACGAGCCGUCGCGCAUGACGCGCGUGGCCAUGGGGUCGGGCACGAGCGUGCGCGAGGUCGAGGAGCUGCUGUCGCAGCGUAUGCUGAUGGGUGGUAUGGCCAAAAAGAUGGGCAAGGGCAUGAAGAACCUCCAGGGCAAGCAGGGCCAGGCCGCCCUCGGCAACAAGCAGCAGCAGCAGGCCGCCCUCAAGCGUCUGCAGUCGAUGGGCGGUGCGGGCGGCAUGCCCGGAAUGGGUGGCAUGGGCAUGCCGGAUAUGAGCUCGCUUAUGAAGAUGAUGGGCGGUGGUGGCGGCGGCCCCGGCGCGGGUGGUAUGCCGGAUAUUGGCAACAUGGAUAUCGGCAAGAUGAUGUCGAUGCUUGGCGGUGGAGGCAUGCCUGGUGCUGGCAGGGGUAGGAGAUGA